AAUUCCGUGUUACCAGCGAGCUCGUAUAAAUCACUGCCCACGCCGGGUUUUGGUCUCUCUGUUCUCCUCGUGCUCUUUUGACGUAUCAUUCAUCCCACUUACAUCGAGGACUUGUCACGCCUUAUACCCUUCCUCACCGGCUACGUCGUACGGCACAACAGAAGAAACGAAACAUCGACGUCGACAUGUCUAUGAUACGGCAAACCAACAACACCAGCUGCCCCACGAAUGGCGUACCCACGCCUCUGCCCGGUGUCCCCAACAACAUCAGCUACAUAGCCGUCCCGGGCCAGAACCCAUCAGCACCGUGGAUGGUGUCCUGCUGCGACCCGUACCCGGUGCACCUCUCGGACAAGUGCUGGCUCUGGUGCGAGGUCGACCCCGAGCUCGAGAGCGCCUCGGAUGCGGUGGUGGCGGAGGGUUUUAGCGCCUGCAUGAGCACGAACGGCCGGGACAGGAACGAGUCGAUCGGGCUCCUGUAUCACGACAAGAAGAACAGCGCGGCAACACGGCGGGUUUCGCUGCUGCAUUCGGUUGUCGUCGCGCUCGCGACUUCGAUGGUGGUAGCUAUGACGUCAGUGGUUUGAGCGUAUGUUACCUCUGCUGGAUGGAUUCAACAAGGAGAGGGAGCUCAUUGGGGAGCACGGGAGAAUCGGCUCGGACUGUUGAGCGGGCGUUGGGGUUAUUGUUACAUGGCGGCAUGAUCUGUUAGUACUGUGUAUGUAUUGUCUGGGAAUGAGAGAU